CAACCUACUCAAUUUGGCUGCGAAAUAGGAGGAUAACUACUAGUUGAAUUCGGUUGACAAGCCUGACGCGCGUUGCAGUGUGCCGAGGCGGCAACCCAAGACAGAGACGUACACUCAAUUGACCAGCAGACACAGAAUGUCGCUCAAGGAAUUGAGGUCACUCGCGCCUUUCGGGUGGGACUCGCGCAUUACCAAGCACCCUGUCGGCAAGGCUAUUCGGAACGACUUCGAAAAGAUUGAUGAAUCUUCCUGGGCGAAGCAGGCGGAUGGUGCCGGGCCGGCGAGCACGCCCGCUCCUGAAUCUCGGGAACGCCGCCGCUCAACUGCUCUAACGCCUGGCGACCAGGCAUGGGCAACUCCAGCUCCCGGCGGCCAGAACCGCAAGGCAGCGAGCGCCGACCGCGCCAAGAGCCUGAAGCGCAAGGCCGCGGAGCAGGUGCAGCACACGCCCGACGCGCGCGCCCGGCCCUCCAGCGCACAGCAGCGCAGCCGCAGCAAGCACAGCCACGGCCACGGCCAGCCCAAGCAGCGCCGCGCUAGCGACAGCGGCGCCGAUGGCGACGCCGACGCCGCCGGGCAUGAGCACGAGACUGAGACCGAGGAUGUUGACGUUGACAUGAAGACACAUCAGCAGCUUGACGACCAGCAGCAACAAGAGCCGGGCAGCACCGGCCGAGCGCUUGCGGACUCGGCGGCGAUGCCGCCACCUGCCGGCUCUGCGCUCCGCACAACGCCCUCCGCGCCGCCGCCGCCGCCCUCCGCUUUCAAGGGCUCUGCGGGCAAGAGCGGCCUUGCCUCGCUGGGUCGCACCCCCGGACCCGGCUCAGGACACAAGCCGCCACCCACCGACGGCGGUGGCGGCGAAGGCGGAGGCGGCGAGGGAGGAGGGGCAGGCGCGACGCCGUUGCCCGGCGGCGCGGCGUCGCAGGACCGCGCCAUGCGGCCGCCGCGGUGGACGCCGGGGCCGCCCAGCGCCCGGCAGCUCGCGCCGGUGCCGUCGCCGGUGCCUCUGCCCGCCGGCGCAGAGGUAGGAGCAGAGGAGGAGGCGGAGGAGGGCAAGGCGCCGGCAGCUCCCGUGCCGGCGGCGGAUGCUGCAGCCGCGCCAGGGCCCAAGCCGCCGCCGCAGCAGCAGCAGACCGGUAGCCGCAGCCCGGUGCCAACUGGCGCAGACGGCGGCGCUGCUGACGCGGCGGUGGCGCCGCGGCCGUCCUCCCUGCUCAAGCUGACGCCCACCACGGGCAAGCCCUUCGUGCUGCACGGCACUGUGGUGGAGGGCAUCUCCUCGCCGCAGCCGCGCCCGCCACGGAACAGCCCCGGCUCCGGCCCCAACGGCACCAGCGGCGGCCGCAGCGCCAACGCCGAAGCCGCCACCGGGCCGGACUUUGCUGCAGCCGUCGCAGCAGCAACCAUCCCCGCGGCUGCCGCAGCCACGGCCGCCCCCACGCAGCAACAGCAGCGGCAGGCCGCAGCCCGGCCCGCACCGCACGUGCACGAGGACGGACAGGACUAUGACCCCAUGGCUGUCGCCACGUCGCGAGGGCGCAGCCCCACCGCACCCACCCCUGCAGGCGGCGCUGCAGGCGGCCUCGAGCGCGCCGGCUCUCUGACUGGACCCCGGAAAAAGGGCCUGGCCGCGGCGGCUGCAACAGCUUCCACCGAUGCGGUAGCGGAGCCAGAAGGUAAAGGCAAGGCGGCACCGGCGGCGAGCAGUGCGCAUGGGACCUCCGCUCCAGCGGGCUCCCGCUCCCCGCUGAUGGCGAAGCAGAUGGCGGCAGGCUCCGGCGGCACCGCCAUCGCCGGCCUGCCUUUCCCCAGCCUGCAAGCACACCGCGCUGGCGGUGUGGCAUUUGGGUCGGCCGGCGCAGCCGCCGGCGGCAACGCAGCCGCGGCGGCGGCUGCCGCGGCAGCGGCAGCGGCCGCAGUGGCCUCGUGCGUGGGCGUGAGCGGCGCCGUGCCGCCGCAGGGCGCCGGCCGCGGCUCGGGUCAGGCUCCCGGCAAGCUGGUGCGAGACAAGCAGCCCCCGGCGGGCCUGAUGGUCGCGGACACCGCCGCAGCGACUGCACAGCCGCUUGGAACCGGCUCAGGUCGGCGGCGGCAGGAGGAGGAGCCCCAGGCCCGGGCGCACCCACGCCCCGUGAAGCGCCGUGCGAUGGAGGCCGCCGCCACAGCCGGCGCCACCAAGGCCUCCGCGGCAGGACUGCCGGCGGCGCCGUCAGCCGCUCCAGGAGCUGCCGCAUCCCGCGCCGCCGCCACCACCACUGCCACCAAGUCCCUUGCGUCGGAUGCAACCGCUGCACAAAUGCAGCUCGCCACCACACGUGCCGAGUCUGCCAAGCACAUCACCGCCGCCGCCGCCCCACCCCGUGCCGGCGCGCCGCCGCCCCGGGCGCCCUCGCCCACGCUCUCCGCGGGAGCUGCCGGCGGCGUCGUUGCCUCCACUGGCGGCGCCGUCGCGCCUGUUGUGAAGGUGGGAGUGGUUGCUGGCCGGCUGUCUGCGGCGGUGAGCUCGGGUCUGAGCCUGACGCAGCAGCAGCUGGGGGUGCUGGGGCAGCUGCUGGCCCACUUCCGCGCCACUGGCUGCCGCCACCCGGCGUCCAUGACGGCGGCGGAGUUGGUGGCGGCAAUCACCGGGUACUGCAAGGCCUCGGGCAUCCCCGCGGUGCCGGCCAACAUCCAGACGCUGGCCUCCUGGCUAGGGGCGCUGCUGGCGCUGGAGCGGCCCGUCAAGGCGCUGGCGCAGCAGGCGGCGGCGGCGGCGAGGCAGCAGACCUCCAGCGGCAGCGGCGCGGAUGGUGGCAGCAGGCGGGGGAGCCAGGAUGGCGGCGCCCCGGCGGCGUCUCGGCCGGGCGGGGGUGCAGGCAGCAGGCGGGGGAGCCAGGACGGCGGUGCGGCGGAGGUGGCGCAGCAGCAGCAGGCGGGCGGCGCAGCUGCCAGGGCCGCGGAUGUGCCGCAGCAGCCGUCGUCGUUGCCUCAAGACCCCCGCCGCCGGCCAUCGCAGACGCAGUUAUGGACAGGUGCGCACCCGACGCCCUCCGUCGCCACGAGCAGCAACGGCGCCAGCACGGCUGUGGCGGCUGAGGCGCUGACGGCCGCGGCCCUGGCCGGCCACCGGCCCAGCAACACCAGCAUCAACAGCGACCCCAACACCACCACACACACGGCAGCGCUGGCGGCGCCAGCCCCGGCUGGGCUGCCGCCGCUGCCGCCGCAGCCCUCACACCCGCGCCGCGCGGCGUCGCAGAGCUCCGGCGCCCCCAGCAGCGCGCUCACGAACGCGCUCCUGAGCGCUGUGGCGGCGGCAACUGCGGCCGCGCCAGCCGGUAGCGGAGCCGCCGCAGCCGGCACCACCACAACCACCCUCACCGCCAGUACUGACGCCGCCACCGCCCUUACCACUGCUGCCACCACUGGCGCUGCCGCCAACGCCUCAGCACGUGCCGCGCCGCAGCUGUCCAUCCUGCCGCUGGACGCCGGUGCCGGCGGCGGCGGCCCCACGCCGCUGGAGCGGUUCGAGUCGGACUGGCUGUCGAAGCUGUCGCCCGCCGUCAAGGCCCUGUACGACUCCCUGGCCGCCAGCCAGCUGUCACUGCGCGGCGCGGCGGCGCUGCUGCAGGCGGCGGCCUUGGCGGCAGGGGCGGGGGCUGGCGAGGCAGGGGCGGGUCCGGGUGAGGCAGGAGCGAGCGGUCGUGGCGGAGCGGCGGCAGAGGCUGCGGCAGAGGCUUCUUGCAGCGCUGUGGCGGCACCUAUGGCGGCAAGCGCUGCGGCGUCGUCGCGACCGGACGUGCCGCAGCAGCAGACACAGACACAGCCGGCGGCAGAGGCGGCGCAGGACAUGAGGCCGACCCUGCCCGCUUCCUCACCUGCGCCCGCAGGCAAGGCCGCAGCCAGUGCGCGCCCGCGCCCCCUGCCUGCGCUGGCCGCAGCGGUCGCCGCCGCCUCUGGCUCCGCUGCUGCUCCUCCCGCACCUGCUGCCGCGCCUCCCAGCGCGCCCGCAGUCCAACACCAGCAGCAGCAGCAGCAGCAGCCCCUCGCGGCAUCGGCCCGGGCGGCGCCGCCGGUGUCUUCGCACGCUCCUGCGCCGCAAGAGCGGCCCGCACUCACAGCCCGGCCCACCAACCAGCAGCCACACCAGCAGCAAACACAGCCGGCCCAGCAGCAGCAGCAGCCGUCGGCAGUGGCUGCAGCGGGGGCGGCGACGGCAAGUGGCCGCGUCACGCCAGUACCGCUGCCCAUGUCGCCGCAGCCGCCGCCGCCCGCUGCCGGCCACCCGUACACCCACCCACACGCUGUGGCGGGCUACCCCGGCCCCCACCCGCACCUCCCCCACCACCCCCCGCACCACCCGCACCCCUACCACGGCUAUGCCUACGGCCCCCACCCGCACGUGCACCCGCACGCCGCACAGCGGGCGAUGAUGUCACCGCCGCCGCGCAGCAGCAGCGCCAGCGGCGCCGCCGCUUCUGCCGCCGCCGCCGCCGCCAUGCCAAUGAGUCCGUACGCGCCCUCGCCUGCGCACCCGUACCCGUCUCCGUACGCGGCGCUGGGCGCCGACUCGGCGGCGCUGCAACCAUCGCCGUACGGUCCGUACGGUUACGCCGUGCCCAGUUACGGUUACGGCGGCCCGUACGGCGGCUGGUGCCCGCCGCCGCACGGGCCGUACGGGCGGCCACACCCCGGCCAGCCGCAGCACCACCUCCACGCACACCACGCCACGGAGCCGUUCGCGUACGCGCACGCGUCGCGUCUGGCGGCGGCGGGGCCUGGCGCCAGUGCGGCUGGCGGCGCAUAUGGCGGCGCUGAUGGCAAGGUGAUGGCGGCUGGCGGCGGCGGCGGGUACGUGCGGCCGCAGCCGUACGCUGGCAAGCAGGGCGCGGGCGCGGAGGGCCCGGUGCCGGGUGCGGCAGUGGCGCCGGCUGUGCCGCCCCUGCCGGCUGCCAUGAUGGGCGCGGGCGGUGCAGGGAAGUCGGCUGCAGCGGCUCUGGGUCGCAAGUAGGAGGUGAUGGUUGUAGGUCUGGAGGACAGAUGGCGGUAGCGGAUGGGUGGAUGGUGUAGGGCCCCGCGAUGUGGGCUUGGAGGAGCCUUCUGACAUGCGGCUACGACGUGGACGAACACGAAUGGAAGUAGGCGCUUUGACAGAAACUGAGAAAGCUUGAGCGCAUGGAGCAUGCCAGAGAUUCUGAUGCUUUUGCAUGUGGGGUGAGGUUCGACUGAGCACGCCGGCCUGGGGGUCUGUUUGUCGGGGUGGCGGAGAAGGGUAAAGGGGGUGUGAGAGGGGGGAACGGGACGGCGGUCGCGCCAUGGGGCGCUCAGCUUUCCCGCCAAGUUGCAGGUGCUGGGGCCCACUGUUGCUGGGAGCGCCGGGCGCCAUUACAGCAGCAUUAUUGGCGUAUAGGUAAAGGAAGGCGGCUUGCGAGCCUCCGCCACGAGUGAGUGGUGGGGUAUCUGACGUGAAGACACACGUGAUGACGCGGGUGUGUGCGAAAGAGGCGAGCGUGCGAGCUAAGGGUGGGGCGGGGCGCUUACGCCUUGCGGGGGCUGGAGGGAGGUAAGGAGGUGUGGGCCCACGCGGUGUGUUCACAACCGCACUGGGAGCACCGGACUCACUGAGAAUAAAAGGAUGGGAGGUGAAUGGGAGGCGCGUGUGUUGGAGCGGGUGGCGGUGUGACUUGGUCAUGGGGCCUUCUCCAAACCCAAUGCUGCGGGCGUCAGAAUGAAGCGCAUGUGGCUCUCGGGGGGUAAGCUGCGGGCAGCGGAAGCUGCGGGCAGCGUCCCGGACUUGCAACGCAGUUGAUUUACAGUGUUGC